AUGGCAAUCCCAGUCGAAAACGGCUACACAACCACCGCACCCCAAUUCAAACCCGAAUCCCUCCCACCACCGAAACAACAACAACCCCAGAAACCCCAAUCCAACACCAAAUCAUCCAAAACAGAACACCUCCACACUCUCAUAACAACAUACAUCAACCCCCCGGCAACCGCCGCCCUAAAAUCCCUCCAAAAACACUUCAACGCCCACCCGCUCCUAACAACCUUUCUCGUCGCCCAAUUCCUGACUUCUAUUCUACCGAUCCUCCUGUUUACAACUGGUGUGUUGACGGCUGGUAUUGUUGCGGCGGGGUUAUUUGCGUUGUUGGGAUUAUUGGUGUUAGGGCCGGUUUUGGUGAUUACGGGGAUUCUGGGGGUUGUGGCUUGGGGAUGGGGGUGGGGGGUGGUUUUUGUGGGGAGGUGGGUUUGGGGUGGAUAUGUUGGGAGAUAUGGUGGUAGUGCUAGCAGUGGUUAUAAGGAGGGGGGUAACAUUAAGAGGGAGAAUGGGAUGUUCAAGGUUACAAUCUAA